CAGGGGAUUUUGUCCUCAAACUUAAAAUCCCCAAAAAUGGCCAUUGCUGAAGACAGUGCUUUUCUUUUCUACUCUUCUUCCAUGGCGUCUUUAGCCUCUCAUCUCUCCAAGAAACUCAAAAACUUCUUUCUAAUUACUUUGCUAACCACAGCCGCAGUAACUUCAGAACAACAGUGUCGGAAUUUCAAGUCUAUCAUAAUCUUCGGCGAUUCCAUCACCGACACCGGAAACUUGCUCCACCUCUCCGACCCUAACAACCUUCCUCAGUCUGCGUUUCCUCCGUACGGAGAAACCUUCUUCCACGUCCCCACAGGUCGUUUCUCCAAUGGCCGUCUCAUUAUCGACUUCAUAGCUGAAUUUUUAAGGCUUCCUUAUGUGCCUCCUUACUUUGGAUCUCCAAAUGGGAGCUUCCAGAAAGGAAUUAAUUUCGUUGUAGCGGGUGCAACCGCGUUGGAACAGAGCUUUCUUGAGAGCAGAGGAAUCCAUUAUGCUUACACCAAUGUUAGUUUAGGAGUUCAGCUUAAGAGCUUCAAGCAGAGUUUGCCAAAUAUAUGUGGUUCACCUUCAGAUUGUAGAGAGAUGAUUGGAGAUGCUUUGAUUAUCGUUGGAGAGAUCGGAGGGAAUGAUUAUAACUACGGACUCUUGGUUGGAAAAAGCAUCGAGGAGAUCAAAGAACUGGUUCCGCUAGUGAUCAGUACUAUAUCUUCUGUGAUUACGGAGUUGGUUCACAUGGGAGGCAGAACGAUCAUGGUGCCUACGGACCUCCCAAUCGGAUGCUGGACAUCGUUUUUAACGCAGUAUCAAACAUCAAACCAAGAAGAAUACAAUCCCUUAACAGGAUGCUUGAACUGGCUAAACGAGUUUGUAGAACAUCACAACAAAGAGCUUCAAGAAGAACUCAACAGACUCCAGAAACUCUACCCUCAUGUUACAAUCCUAUACGCUGAUUACUACAACGCCUUGUUACAUAUUUUCCAGGAACCGGCCAGAUUCGGGUUCAUGAAUCGACCUUUGUCAGCUUGCUGUGGAACAGGAGGUCCAUACAACUUCAACAAUGGUAGUCAGUGUGGAACUAAAGGAGUUGAUUGUUGUACUGAUCCUUCUAAGUAUGUGCAUUGGGACGGUUUUCAUUUGACCGAGUCUGCGUAUAGAUGGGUCGCCAUGGGAUUACUUGAGGGUCCCUACACGCUUCCUGCUUUCGACUGGUCAUGCCCGGGCUUUGAUAUUAAGAACAGAACAUCAUCAGGCAGACAGUAUUCUUUUACCACUAGGUGAUGGAUGAUACAAGUUUGUUCACAAAGCCUUUGUGAGAGAAUUAAGUUGGUGAGGAAUAAGAGUUUUUUUUUUCCCUCCUAAUGUGUUUGUCUCUACUUAAGUUGAAAAACUAGAGUGUAAGGGAGGAAGGGAAUGGAAGGGAGCUUACAAUAUUGGUUUAGAACUAGAGUGUAAGUAGUUCUUUGGUAGAAACCAUGAUUAAGGACUAGUAAAAUUUUGAUAAUGUCU